AUGGAGAGGAAAACGCUAGGGUUUAUGCUCCUUCUCGUCCUUGUCUUAGCAGUUGCUGGUAAAUGUGGCGGUGACGGAAACGGUGAUGAAAAGAGUGAGGAGAGAAUGCUGGUCACAAAGCAACGCGUAUCAGGGUCCGCUGCUGCUGCAGUAAAACUUACACAAACAGGGAUCAAGCCACGACAUUUGCCAUCCUCAAAACCUUCUGUCACACAGACGGUUGCACAGUUCUGGCUGCUCAAGCAGACACGCUUGAAAGUACGGCUUUGUGACCAGCAGUCUCUCGCCUCUGUUCUCUUCACCGUCACAUCUGUUUAA